AUGGCAAUUUAUGUUGAUGACGUAGCUGAUGAGCUGGCAAGAAAGAAACAUAUUGAUGAGGAGACGCCUCUUUCGGUUUCACUUUCUUCUACUACCAUGAGCACCUCAUCACUGGGUGAUGAAGCAGCCAAUUUCAACAUAGUAUGGGAAGUGGAGGCCAAUGGAAAAACGAAGAUCCUGGAAGCAAAAGAACGUCGCAUGAGAAGAAUACAGGAAGCACAUUAUCUUGCACAAAUUGAAACUGAACGGUACAGAGAGGAAAAAGAAGCUGAAUUCAAAGUGAAGUGUCAAUCAUUUAACCACGAAGACGAAGAACGGAAUAAAAGACUAAUUCGUAAUGUUGAACUUGAACUAGAUUACAUGGAAGCCAGAGUGGAACUGUGCAAACCAGUCGUAAUAAAGCUUCUUGAAAUGCUGGCGACGAAUAUACGGUACGCCAUUCAUCACAAUGUUGAAACUCGUCGUUGGAUAUCAAGUUCAAAUCAUACACAAACCAUGCCACCGAAUAGACGGCAAUGCGAUGAGGUGACUUGGGAGCUUAUAUGUCAACAUAUUUUGAAGUGUGAAGAGAUAGCUAGCAAAAUACCCUAUGAAAAAGGAGAAUUCCCAACGCAUAAAAACCCAAUUAAAUGA